UUAUUUGAGCGUUUCCUUCGGGUUUUUUGUUAUUGUACUGGCGUCACACCGGCGGCGGGGCGGCCAACGGGUCUUGCAGAAGGAAAAAGCGCCAAGUUCUGCGGCACUGUCACUGUCAAAUAAUUUUCAAACGGCUGCGAGGAUGGGCAUUCUGUAAAAUAUACUCAACUCCGUCCGGCUAUGACUUCUUGGGUGAGCGGCGCUGUUGCAUCUCUGUAGACUGACAGAAGCAGUCGUCCUAAAGGGAGAAGAAACAUGCCAGGCCUGCAGGGGGAGAAUGUUGUGGCGGCACUGGGGAGCCCCAUUAAGAAGAGUAAACUGUCUCUGAAGUUCUUCCAGAAGAAAGAAACUAAACGUGCUCUGGAUUUCUCUGAACCGGAGGCAGAUGAACCCAAAACAGUGAAAACAGAAGAACCUGAGCCAGUUGGCUGUGAUCAGGAGGUUCCUGGUCCUUCUCCAUGUCCGAUCUCUCCCGGUCUCCUACUGCCUGAAAAGAGGGAGAACCUGGUCCCGUUUGUGGGACUCAACAACCUGGGAAACACCUGCUACUUGAACAGUGUGUUACAGGUGUUAUACUACUGCCCAGGGCUCAGAGAGGGAAUAAAGAAACUGUACAACCUCUCAAAAAGGAAAGACAAACCAAAGGAAGAGGCCGGUAAAAGUGAAGAGAGUGAAGGCGCCACCGAGCCGAUUCCUCCUCAUAUUGAACUUCUUGGGAGCUUCAACAGCCUGAUAACGUCUGUGGAGCAGCUCCAGUCCAGCUUCCUGCUCAGCCCCGACAGCUUCAGCGAAGGAGACCUUGCUACACCCCCACGAAAAAUCCUCCACACACUCAGGCAGCUGAACCCAAUGUAUGAAGGCUACCUUCAGCACGAUGCCCAGGAGGUGCUGCAGUGCAUCCUGGGAUAUAUCCAGGAGGCCUGUGACACCAUCAGGAAGGAGCAGGAUGUGGAGAAGGAGGAUAACGACGCGUCAGAAGUGAAAAUGGAAAACGGCAGCAGCUCCGUGACAGAAUCCAAGUCGCCCACAGACGACGACAGCCAAGUCAGCGGCAAAAGAAAGAGCGACACCGAGGUGGGAAACGCCAAAAAGAAGCCCAAGUCUGUCAAGUCCAAGAAAUCCGAAGCUGAAGAAACCGCCGAGAGUAAAAAUAAACCUGCCACCUGCUCCAAAAGAAAGUCCUCCAGCAACAACACAAUAGACAGCACCCAGGACAAAGAUGAAGAGGAGGAUGGGACGAAGAAACCAAGCAGGAGAAAAGAGGAGGACGAAGGAGGCAGCGACGGUGAAAAGACGACUAAAGAGACAGACGGCAAGAAAAAGAAGAGGGCGAAGCUGAGCUGGCUCCGGCGUUCCAGCAGACAGCCGAGCAUCUUCUCAAAGUUCUGCAGUGUUGGAAAGAUCACCUCGACCACAGUGAAGAACCAAAGCAAAACGGAAGAGGAUCUGAAGGAGAAGAGCAGUGAGGAGAAAACACCGGAAACCACGGAUCAAGACAAGACGGCAGCAAAAAACGAUGAUGGUUUGGACCUGAUGGAGCGCCUGUUCCAUGGUCAGCUGGUUUUGCGGACUCGCUGUCUGGAGUGUGAGAGUUUCACGGAGAGGAGAGAGGACUUCCAGGACAUCAGCGUCCCUGUCCUCGAGGACCAGCCCAGCAGCCCCGACGACCUCUCAGAUGUCUCUCCAGACCCUAAACCCGAGCUGAAGACUCUGAACUGGGCCAUCGCUCAGUUCGCCUCAGUGGAGCGCAUCGUGGGCGAGGAUAAGUACUUCUGUGAGACCUGCCAUCAUUACACCGAGGCCGAAAGGAGUCUGAUGUUUGACAAGACCCCUGAAGUCAUCACCAUUCACCUGAAGCGCUUCUCUGCCAACAGUUUAGAACUGGACCUGUACGCCGGCCUGUCCAAAGUGAACACCCCCUUACAGACCCCCCUGACCCUGUCUCUGGAGGAGUGGUGCACCCGCCGCUCGGCUAAAGGUCAGCAGUAUCAGCUGUUCGCCGUGGUCAUGCACAGCGGCGUCACCAUCAGCAGCGGCCACUACACCGCCUACGUCCGCAUGUCGGACCUGAAGGACGUGAAGCUGAGUCUGGGUGACGACGCAGAAACCAAGAAGGAGGAGGAAGAGGAGAGCAAAACUGACGCACCGCUGAAAGACGAGGUGCUGGACUACGACGACGGAGAGGUGUCUUUCAGUGUGAGCUCAAGGGGACAGAGGGCCAGUUCUUCAGCCAAAACAGGAGGCAAGAAGCUGUCGGAGGGCGGGGUCGGACUGUUGGGGGGGCAGAGGAGUCUGUCCGCUUGCGACCUCGGAAACAACAAACAUGCAGAUAAAGCAGGCGGCGGCGGGACAACGGAGGGGUCCAAGCGGAGGAGAACUAUCGGAACCACGUGCCAAAGUCCCGACGCUAGACUCAAAAAGGAUCCGGACGCCGAAGACGGGGAGCAGGCGUCCGCGGAGAAGCAGGCGCUGAGCAGCCUGUUGGAAUACGACGGCAAAUGGAUGCUAUUCGACGACUCCGAGGUGCGUUUGUUCGAGGAGGACGACUUCCUGCGGGCCUGCUCCCCAGAGACGGCGUCCUCGUCCACACCUUACCUGCUGUUCUACAGACGGAUACCUGGACUGGGACGCUGAUCCGAGCAAAGACCGGCCCUCCAGGGAGGGGGUUUGGCAGCUGGGCACCCUGCCAGGGGGCUUUUUCAAAGCUACAAACGGUGCCAAAAAUACUGUCGGCCAUAUUAGCACCAGAACUGAACGGACUGUACAGAACCAAGCCCAUGGCAGAACAGGCAAGUUCUGGACUCGGGUGCAGGGUCUCACCUCAAGAGACGUCUGUGAACCAGUGUGGGUCAAAGUCAUAUUUUACAAAUCCUAAAAAAGGCAUUUACUUUUCUACGUGCCAGAUGACUUAAACCUUUGAUUUAUUUUUUUUUUUUUUUGUCUUUUCUGGGUUUAUUAAAGCUUGACCGGUGUACACUCUCUACAGGGGCUUCUCUUUCUCUCAUCUUUCUGUUUCUAGUCGUGUUCUUUAUUGCACGCUGGCUUUAAUUCCCUUCAACACUGUCAAUAGUUUGUCCUGUUUUGAUAUUAUCUGUUAUUUGGUUUGUAUCAUUCCAUUUUUACUCUUUGGAAAAGCACUUUUGAACUAAGAAUUUCAUUGAAAUGCAAAAUAUUCUUUUGGACAAUGUCUCUUUUUUCCUAGCUCAAAGUUCUAUGUAGUAUUCUAUCUUUUCAUGUACAAGAAAAUAUAUUAGUACUAGAACAGGAGCGGCUUAAAUAUUUUGUCAGAAAAGCCUCUUUUCCCUUUUACUGAGGUCUUUAUAAACACGUCCUGGACUGAAUUGGACCAGUUAAUACAGAUACAUGAACCAGAUUUAACUCGACACAGCUCCUUCAUACUUUAUGGUACUGUUAAUACUGGAACAGCACAUUUUAACAUUAAAGUGUACUUAGAUAAUCAGGGCUUUGUUUGUACAGCUAACAGCAUAUUUAUGGAAAUGUGCAACCUUCUGCCCUUUCAGCUCCAGCCAAGUCAACUAACUUCAGAUGAGACACAACGGAAUUGUUUCUGCAUCUGUUUAAAAAGUUUCAUCUUAUUCUCACAAACCAUUUUUAGCAGUAAUGAGCAGCGUUAAGGGCAGACGGACUUCAUACUGUAAUAAAGAGCUUUUAAGACGCAUAAAUAUUCCUACAUAUUCGUAUUUCCGUGUUAGCUCCUUUACCAUCCUGCUGCUUCUCAUCCUCAGAUGGUGUGGUUUUCUGUUUCUCUGCUCCUUCCAAAUGUCUUUACCUUCAGACACAGUAAAUGAAAUCUGGGAAUUGAACUAGAUUUUUAGCCAAACCGGUCGGGGGGGAAAAAAAAAAAAAAAAAAAUCUGUCAAAAAACAAAGUUACUGUUUACACAAACUUGGGAAGGCGCUUUGGAUCGUGGUGCAUUUGGACGUCUGUGUGUUCCUGAUUGAACUGCUUUGUCGUGUCUGUAACAGAAUCCGGGUCAUAACUUAUUACAUUGUGAUAUAGUUUAAAAUAUAGAUCUAUAAACAAAGAUUGUUUCUCUCAGGUUCUACAGUGUUUUAAAGUCCAAUUGUGGUUUCAGGGAUUAAAUCAGAUCUAAUUAAGCUGUUUUUGGUGUUUCUAUUAUGGGCCAUAUUCAGUUCUUUCUUGUGCUUACAGAUUCAAUAUGUGACACCAGCCUUGAUCAGUGUGUUGUGCCUGUCGAGUUAAUGUGUACCUCAUUCCACUGUAAACUCACAAUAAGCAAUAAAGUUUUUACUUCAGUUUUAGGGGA